UUUCCCUACUACGCAUGCUCGCACCUGCCACCUCCUCCCGCCGUGGGUCGCAUGCGGCACUCAGCGGCCGGGUGCACCAGGCAGCUGCUAGGGCUGCGCGCCGGGGGAGCGGUAGCUGGAGCUGCGGGGCCAUGAGGCUGGCGGAGGGGAGCUUCGGCCGGGCGCUCCUUCCCCCUCCGCAGCGAGCGUAGCCGCCUGUUUGGGCAGAGCCGGGUCCCCGCCAUUGAUGCCGCUGCCGUUGGGCGGCGGUGGCGCGCGCCGCAGAGGAGCCGUUUGAUUCCGGGCUGGUAACGGCUGGUGCCGGCCGCUGCCCGUGGUCGGGCCGAGGCCUGGGGCUGCCCCCAGUAUGCGAUGGGGAACUGCUGGGCGCAGUGGUGCUGCGGCCUUUUCUUGCGGAGAGAAGCGGGGCGGAUCCAGCGAGGCGGAGGAUCAAAGUAUUUUAGAACAUGUUCAACUGGAGAACACUUCACUAUAGAGUUUGAGAAUCUAGUGGAAAGUGAUGAGGGAGAAAGCCCAGGAAGCAGUCAUAGACCUCUGACGGAGGAAGAAAUUGCUGAUCUGAGAGAGAGACAUUAUGAUUCCAUCGCUGAAAAACAGAGAGCAUUUGAUAUGAAACUUCAGUCCGAGUUAGCCUUACAAGAGGAGAAGUUAAGAAUAGAAGAAGAGGCUUUAUAUGCUGCACAACGUGAAGCAGCCAGGGCAGCAAAGCAGAAAAAGCUCUUGGAGCCACAUAGACUGCAGAGGAUUAUGCAGCGAGCACCAGCAGCUAAUAAUGGAGAAUAUCAAAGCUCAGUGGCAGAGGAGGAGUUUGAUUGUUCUUUGAGAAAUAUAAAGCUCCACUAUGAAGCUUUUCGAAGUAGCAGACUUUCAUCUGAUGCUACCAUUCUGACACCAAACACGGAGAGCAGCUGUGACUUAAUGACCAAAACAAAAUCAACAAGUGGAAAUGAUGACAGCACUUCACUAGAUCUAGAGUGGGAAGAUGAAGAAGGCAUGAACAGAAUGAUUCCAAUGAGAGAGCGCUCUAAAACAGAAGAAGAUAUACUCCGAGCAGCACUAAAAUUUAGCAGCAAGAAGACCGGAAGUAAUCCAACCUCAGCUUCUGAUGAUUCAAAUGGUUUGGAGUGGGAGAAUGAUUUUGUUAGUGCUGAGAUGGAUGAUAAUGGCAAUUCAGAGUAUGCUGGAUUUGUGAAUCCUGUAAUAGAACUGUCUGCGUCAGACAUAAGUUAUUUCAAGUCAACUUGCACUGUUUACUAUGCAACUGAAAGACUAGUCAAUAUUGUGAACUUAAGGUUGCAACUGAUUGUUUGUUUUUUAAAAGUGUCCAUGGAUUUUUAUUGUAAUGGGAACAUUUCUAAUAGAAGUCCUGAACUUGGAGUCAAAUUUGAACUAGUAGUGUGUCUUCAAGAUUCAUCCUUCUAA